GAUUCUGACAAGCACUUGACAGAGAUCCUUCCUUGCUGAUGCUCAACUCCCAAAGCUUUCAGGGAAUACUGUAGCAGCCUUGUUAGAACGUCUACUAUCCGCUGGCGGCCGUAUGCCUCGCCACGGCUUCCAUUCUCGUCCGGCCAGGCUCGCAGCACAAUGUCGCGAAACUGCAUAUGUCGCAUUUCCUAAGCCUAUCUUCGGAUUCCUGUAUCCUUCCUCAUGCGAUUCUUUGGCCGAUGUCGCCACUUCUAGCCAAGCGCGAUACGUGGCGAAUAGUGCGGAUGAAACCCUCAAGCCGUCGGAUGGUCGAAUAGAUCAUGUUUCCGUCUCGCAUCGUGCCUCAGGCUCCCCUCUAAGCGCAGCGUGGCGGAGGAUUUCCGCGAGCAGGGGUAGUUCGCUAGCAACAGGCUACCGCAGUGGUGGUUCUCUUGGGAUCAAUCCCCAUCAUGCACUCCGUAGCAUUCGUUUCAUUACAACCACUGCUGGCAGUGGUAUGCCAUUGCAGUUCUGCGUAGUGGGGAGCGGCCCAGCAGGCUUCUACACUGCUGAGAAGCUUCUGAAGCGGUUUGACGCUGCUCGAGUGGACAUCGUGGAGAGGCUGCCUUCUCCGUUCGGCCUUGUGCGCACGGGAGUUGCCCCAGACCACCCUGAAACCAAGAAUGUGAUCAACCAGUUCACUCGAGUGGCUCAAAACCCCCGCUGCCGAUACUUCGGCAAUGUGCGAGUCGGCCCCCUCGAAUCACCAUCACCAUCAUGUCCGCCAGCAGCAGCAGUGACAUUGGAUGAGCUGCGACGGAUGUACAAUGCUGUCAUCCUGGCGUAUGGGGCAGAGGGCGACCGCGACCUCAAUGUACCUGGGGAGAACCUGAGAGGAGUCUUCUCUGCCCGAGAGUUCGUGUGGUGGUACAACGGGCACCCUGACUAUGCGGAUUUACCCGUGGAUCUCACAUCGACUGACACUGCAGUGGUGGUUGGCCAGGGGAAUGUGGCACUGGACGUUGCCAGAGUGCUGCUCCGAUGGCCGUCCGAGCUUCAACCCACCGACAUUGCAGAGCAUGCGCUAGAGGCUCUUGCAAGGAGCCAAGUCAGGCGAGUGCAUGUGGUGGGAAGGCGGGGUCCUGUUCAGGCUGCGUGCACUGCCAAGGAGGUUCGCGAGGUGCUAAAGCUGGAGGGAGUUCAGGUCACGCUCAAGCAAGAGGACUUCUCACUGACUCCCAUGGAUGAGCGGGAGCUCAAGGCAAGUCGAAGCCACCGUCGUGUGUUCGACCUGCUCUCCAAAGCAGCAGCUGCUGGGUAUCCCUCAGUACCACCAUCAUCAUCGUCAACAGUGACUACCACCAGUGGCAGCAGCAGCAGCGGCCGCAGAGGCACCUUCAGCAACGCCGACUGCCGCGAGCUGGAUUUUGUGUUCUUCCGCUCACCUGUGGCCGUGCUGCCAAGGGAAGGCUUGGCGACAGGGGCAGAGGGGGCCGGAGUAGGGGAGGGAUGUGUGGGGGCUAUUCGACUGGAGAAGAACAUACUGACCGGGGACUUCAAGGAUGGGCCUAGGAGAGCAGUGGGAACAGGAGAGACCAGCGACUUGCCUUGUGGCCUAGUGUUCAAGAGCAUAGGAUACCGCUCUCUGCCCAUUGCUGGCCUGCCAUUCAACCAACGCAGUGGUACGGUCCCCAACGAGCUGGGCCGCGUGCUGCGAGGAAGCGCUUCCGAGCCUAACACUGAGGCUCGGUACGAGCCAGGGCUGUAUGUGGUUGGGUGGCUGAAGAGAGGCCCCACGGGGAUCGUCGGGACAAAUCUGAUUGAUGCGGAGGAGACGGUUUCCAGCGUUGCACAAGAUGCAGCUGCAAACAAGCUCCUUUCGCCAUCGCCUUCCGACAUAACCCAUGGUGGCAAAGAUGGGGGCCCUGAGCUUGCUGCUCUCUUGAAGCAACGAGGGUGCCCCUUUAUAACGUUUGAGGAUUGGAUGAAGUUAGAUGCUGAAGAGGUUCGGCGUGGUGUCACGAAAGGACGAGCUAGGGAGAAGAUUGUCUCUGAAGAUGAGGUUUUCAGAAUUUUAGUGAAGUAACUGCUCAUAGUCAAUCGAGUAGAUGAUCUUAUGUGGCAAUGUAGGUUUAACCCCAUCAUUCAAGGCAAAGUUUUUGCUACGUUCUAGGUACUGUAAUAAUACUGUAUGGGUUAU